GUAACGCCAGCAGGUGGCAGUAAUAAGGCACUAAAUACAUUAGAUGCCGUUUACCAGUACAGAAGAAGAAGGAAUCUAUUUGGCGGGUCCUGUAAAACGUAAACAGAGGAGACUAGAAAAUGGAGGUGAGCGAAGUAACAGUUCAAGAAGCGACUGCAGACAACAAGUGUCUCAGAGACUCAGUUGAGAAACAAAACACUGAUGAAGCCACGGGAGAAAUUUCCUCGCAGUUGCCAAACACUGAAUCGGUUUGUAAGCAGACUACAGAGGAGACAGGAGGUCGGUUUAACAGACUCAAGCUGUUCGACAAAGUGAUGCAGAAGAGCCUGGAGAAGUUCAUCCAACAUGCCAGUUUUAACAGAUUUGCCAGCACCUUUCGUCCACUUUACAAGAAGAACCCUCAGAGGAUGGAAAUCAUUCACAAGCAGUUCAUAGAGGAGUUGAGGAGGGCCAUACAGGAUGACAUCAGCAGAUUGAUUGAAGAAGGGCAUUUAGAAGUCAAACUGAAAGAACUGGACAAACUAGAGCGUGCUGCAAAGAACAAUACAGAUCCUGCGUGGCGGCCCAGUGGGGUUCCAGAAGAGGACUUUUGCAGUUUCUUGAAGCCAUACUAUCAAAAGCAGGAGGCUUUUAUGCGACUUGAGCUGAAAAAGAUCCAAGCAGAGAAUGCUGCACUUGCCCAGAAGGUUCAGGCUGGGAGGGAGAGUAUUGCUCAGACUGAGAGCCGCAUUUCUGCAGCUGUUGAUGAGUGGAAGGCUGCAGUCACAGAAUUUGAAAGGAUGGCAUCCUCUCUCUGUCCCACGGAUGUCUUUGAUGUGUGAUCCUCAAUUUUGUCCACAAAUCGACUAAGUUAAUUGUACAUAUGGAUUUUGUUUGCUGAUCUGUUUUCCUGCAAAUAAACAUGAUAUCUUUAAUAUAAAAUGUGUUUUGUGACCGCAGCGAUUAUAUUCAGGUGGGUUACAA